UUAAAAUAUUUCUUAUUGGUGAAUCACAACAUGUCAGACACAUUUGGUUGCCAGGAGACAACGAUAUUGGGGGAGAAGACUAUGACGUUCGACCGAGAAAGUUGCGGAGAUUCGAGAGAGCGUUUAACCAACCUGAUGCCUGUAUUCAAGAAACAAAGAGAGUUUUAUGAUACUAGUAAAAUCUUUAUAGGUUUAAGUCAUUUGCCUCUAAUGUUUAUGCCAUCUGCAUUUACUGAAAAAGUAAUCGCAAAAAUGUUACCGCAAGUGAUAUUUGCAGGUCACGAGCAUAAAUCAAUGAUUGUGAGCACUGAUGCUUUAUUGCGUGAAGACUAUCAUAUUAUACCAAUAAAUCCGGACAAUAACAAAGUAUUUGAAUACACACUUGGUGUAACUGACAUGUAUGAAAUACUUAUUCCAACUUGCUCAUAUAGAAUGGGAACAAAGAAAAUUGGAUAUGGAUAUGCCAUAUUAGAGAAAAAUAAUUUACGCUUUACCGUGCUAUGGUCGCCUUCUCGUUUUGAUCAAUUAACCAGUUAUUUUGUAGUGUUUGUCUGUUUUAUAAUGUCUAUGCCAUUGUAUUUGUGUUUUUGCCGUAAAAAAUGCUAAAUAUGUUUUUAAUGUUGAUAUUUUAACUAAAAUAUUUUGAAAUUAAUUUUAAACAUUAAUAGGCAAUAAUUAGAUUUGUUUAUAAAGUAAGUCGGAAAAGUGAAAGUGGACUAAAUGUAUUAUUUUAGAGCACCUGACAACUAAAAGUACUGUAACAGAAACAUUCUGUACGUAAUCACUAAUUAGAUUUACAUUAAUUUAGAUUUUUAGUUAAUAGUAUUUCUAGACUUACAAAGAAAAAUAUUUAUGACUUGCCUUAUUCCGUCCAAACUAUAUGAUGUAAUAAUUAUUUUAAAUAUUAGUAAAAUGACAGAUCUAGUUAAUAAACUAACUAUGUAAAAAUGUUUUAUGAUACGAAAAUUGCCUUCAUAAUUGUUUUCAACAAAAUGAUCUCCUUUUUUAUUUGUAUGAUAGAAAUUAGUCCAUAAUGAUAUAUAUAAUUAUCAUAGUACAAAUUGUGAUAUUAUAACUCAGAGUGAAUGUGCCAAGGUUAAUAUUUUUGUUUUAUAUAUUUUAUUGUAGAUUUAUUUUUUCCAAUAAAAGUCCAAUUUUAACUUAA